UGUAAAUCUCUCAGAGUCUUUUAGUUCAAGUGCGGUUUUGGGUAUGCAUUUGCCCUCAGACGCUAGCUUUCAUUUCUGUUCAGGUCAUCUUAGCUACAAUCUAGACAUGGCAUGAUCCCAGCCCAUGCCAUGAAGGAAAAAGUUUCGGUUUGGUUCCUUGCUUUGGACAUUCUUGCGGCUUUGCUGUCCUUGCUUCUCUUCUUCUGGAACGUUGCAGCAAAUGUGUGGGCCACGCUGUCCUUUUAUUAUGAGCAGAAAUACCUCUUCAUGGGAGUGUUUCUGUUUCUAAUAAUCAGUUCCUCGGUGCUUCUGCAGAUCUUCAGCUGGCUCUGGUACUCUGAUUCUUCUGAAAAGAUUACCAGCAAUAUAGAGAGGUUUAUGAAGGAACAUGAAUUACUUGGCCUGGUGCACAUUUUGCAGCUUGGAGUCUUUCUCAGGUGUUUAGGUAUGUUGGAACUCUCAAUCAGCCGCUUUAAAAAGAAGGACACAUCCCAAAACCAGGACACUGAGAGUCUAAGCUACGACCUCAGCACUCUGGGUCUGUUCAAGGCGUUCUCUGAAAGUGCUCCACAGAUCGUCCUCAUGACAACAAACAUCAUCCAGAUGGAAGACUGUCAGCCCUUCACAGUUAUCAAAAUCCUCAGCUCGCUUUCCUCUCUCUCCUUCACUGUGUUAUCCUACCAUCGUACCAUGUGUGCUUUCGUUCCUGAGAAAUUGAGAAUGGGAUGGACUUCCUCGAUAAUUUACUUCCUGUGGAACCUGCUCCUGAUUGGGCCUCGUGUGAUGUGUGUGUCCCUCUUUGCCUCCACCCUGCCCUGCUAUGUCCCAGCUCAUUUCCUGUCCGUGUGGAUGCUGCUGGUUAUCUGGGUUUGGUGGCAGAACACAGACCUAAUGAACAAUAAAGAUAUGGAGUGGCUGAACCGAGCCACUGUAGGCCUCAUCUGGUACUUCAGCUGGUUAAACGUAAAUGGAAAGCAUGGAAAUAAAAAUAAUAGCGGCUGGACUAAAUACAAAGGAACCAUCUACAACAUGGUUAUAGGAAUGGACAUGAUGCUGCUGUUGGGAUUAUAUUGGUGGAGGAGAUCUGUGGAAUCUGCUCGUCUUAGUCCACUCCCUCUUAAUCUCUACCUACUUCUUGCUAUGUUAAUGUUCAUCUACAUUAUAGGAGUCCUACUGAAAAUGUUUUAUUACUGGAAAUUUCAUUCCAAACAGCCAGACUUAUGGAUAGAUGAGAAAGAUGAGGAGUUACAGAUGAAACCACAGGUUCAGGGUUAUGAUAUAGUGGAUUCAAGUCAGAAGCCUGAAUCUGCACUCACAUUUUCCAGCCCGACUCAAAGAAGCAUGGAUGGCCUCCACAAGAGGAUGAGAUACAUGGCUGUGAAUUUCUACUGCUAAUUCAAGUGACUUCUUUUCACAGACAAAAUGUCCUUUUAAGUUGUAUGUACAAAGUAAUGAAUUUCAGACUACUCUCAUGCAUGUGUGAUGAAACCAACAUUCAUUUGGGUGACACCUGAUCUGGGUGCUAUCGUUAAUAACACCCUUCUAUAACUGUGUACUACAUGGUCAAAAGGUGCAAGUAUGAAAUAACCAGGAAAUUUAUUGACGUUUAUUUCAACAAGUUCACUAAUGGAGACUUCUAUAAAAAACUUCAGUUUGUGUCAAUAUAUUGCAUAGCAAUUGUAGACCAAAAGCUAAAAGAGCAACAUUGAUUUUUUUGUCGUAGACGAUCCCUUUCACCAAACAUUACACGAUUAUACUCCGAAAACAUGGAAUAACAGUAAACGCAGCAAUACUGAAAGAAGAAGUGAGAAAAUAUAUUUAAUAAAGGUUAUUAAAGGUUUAAAUAUGUUUAAUGAGAUACUGAAACUUUCUUGUUAUUGGUUUGGCUUCCAGAAGCGUUCUAAGAGAGGGCGCUGACCACUGCAUCACGCUCUUGCAGCUGAUCCAUUCACGCAAACACACACACGAUACCUUAAGUGUCUCAUGCAAUACAUGUGCUCGGUCAUGACAUUCAGCUCCAACCACAGAGACACCGAGAGCUCAGAUGAGUGGCAUGUGUACAUGUUGGUUGGCAUAUUUUCAAAAAUCUGGAACAAUAACAAUAACAA